CUGCUCUUCUUCUCCUUUCUUCCCGCUGCAGCCAAAAAAAAAGAGGAACCCAGCCAUGCUUGAGAAACCGGUGAGAAAGCUUGGAGAUUUCUCCUUCCUUCUUGCUCUAGAACCUGAAUUGGAACCCAGAAAUUCUCCCCCUGCAUGAAGCUUUCGGAUCUGCCUUGCUCUGCUCCUCACCGCCGGCUGCUCCUGCUUUGUGGGGGCGAAUUGCUUGGGUUUUGGGUAAGAAACAGCCAUUAAAUCCCUUUGUUUUUCCUUGAAUUGGCUUGGGUUUACGUUAAUUGCUCUUAUUUCCUCCAAUUUUUGGGAAACCCGUAGGUAAAGAUAUUCAAUACAAUACUCUCUAAACCUCUUCAGAUCUUCUACCACUCAUAUUUAUAACCCCAUGGUCGAAAAUAGCCGUUACUAGCCGUUGGGGGUCAUUAAAUGCUCUGCAGGACGCAAACCUCGAGCUGCAGAAUUGUCAGGAGAGCCGACUUAACUUUCUAGGGCCGGCUAUCCGGGUUUGCAGCACAUUCUGUUUUUCUCGAGAGACGGCUGCAAAACUUUGAGCCGGCUUUGCAACUUUGACUUUAAAUACAUUAAAUAAUCUUCAAAUGAGUCGACUGUUGUGCAUUAAAUGCACCCUCACAGCCGGCUGCAAAGCCAGAGCCGGCUUUGCAUCUUUUCUCCGCGCGUGCCAAUCAACGGUCUUCAAAUUUUUGCCUAUAGAGCCGGCUGCAGCUUCCAGAGCCGGCUCUCUGCACUUCCAUUUCACCAGAGCCGGCUGCACUUUACCAGAGCUGGCUGCACUUUACCAGAGCCGGCUCUCUGCACAUUGAAUCCUUUUGGUCUAUUUUUAGUGCCAUCUAAGUUUACUUGCAAUCUUUUAGCAACUUAACUACACACUUAAAUAAACCAAUUAGUCACUCAAAUGUGUUUUGUAAUCAUCAAAAUCAUAGGUACAACAGAUACACUAGCAUUUUUUAGAUGUACCAAAAGAAAGGAUGAGUUGAACA